AAAAAGAGGAGAAAAUGCACCUCACGUGCCUUCAAAACGCACUGUGGAAGCAUUUUUAAGCCAGUUAAGUGAUUUAUCAAGACACUUUUUUUUGACAGUGUAUUUACGACAUUGAAUUGAAAAGACAAUGUCCAACAUAUCGAACAUUAGUGAAUGAAGGUGAAGAAUUAAUAGAAGCUGUAAUUAAUGAACUAGAAGAUGGUGAGGAAAUGACAAUUGAAGAUUUAAAUUCAUUUCCAGAUGCUUAUAUAUUGGUUUAG